AAUGAACACUUUUGUUGCUACUGUUUUUGUCUUCCUUGCUUUAGCUUCACGAGUCUUAAAUGCGCCCGUGGACACUGAGGGCGGCAAUGACGCUCUUAUGAAAGAUGGAAAUGCAGACGAUGUUUACGUUGAAGAGGAAUUGUCUAUGCCCAAAGAGACAGAGCUGACUCCAGAAGAUAAACAGAAGCUGGAAAAUGAAGGUAUCGAACCUCAAGGGCCAGUGAUUGAUGAAAAGGACCUUAAAGUUGUCAACGGUAAUGAUGGAACAGGAGCCGAAAGUUAUCAACAAAAUAUAGAGUCUGUUUAUCAACCUGAAAGAGCUGACGCAGUUCCUCAAAGCAGUCGACAAAGUCAGCUGACAGAACAGGAUAGUGCUCAUCCUGUAAUGAACAGUCAAUCAGCGGUUUCUGAAAAUGGAGCCAUGAAACCUAUCGUAGAGCCGAGUUCAUCAGAGGGCUCUCUAAAUGGAGGCACGGAUACUAAAUCGGAUGUGCAAUUGAAUGUUAUGCAAGAUACCUCGAAACAAGAUCUCGGUCAAGGAGUAGUUCAACAGGCGGUUCCAGGCGUUGGAGAUAUUCCAGUAGAUAGGUCACAGCAAGAAGUUUCAGGCCCACAGCUGACUUCUGACCCAAAAGUAUCCCCAAAUGACGGUACAGUUCAAUUAAACAGCGGUCAAAGUAAUGGUGGAUUAAUGAGCGGUCAGAACAACUUAUAUCCCGCACAAGGCAGCGUAGCUGGAAGUAGUGAAACGCACGAGAAUCUUCUACAGGCGCAACCAGGCGUCCCGGAUGGUCAGACAGAUGCGUCACAGCAACAGACCCUGGGAUCGGCUCCUGUCAAUCAACCGCUUGAUUUGAAUUCUGACGGAAGACUCUCACCAAAUGCUGACACAGUUCAAUUAAACAGUGGUCAAAGUAAUGGUGGAUUAAUGAGCGGUCAGAACAACUUAUAUCCCGCACAAGGCAGCGUAGCUGGAAGUAGUGAAACGCACGAGAAUCUUCUACAGGCGCAACCAGGCGUCCCGGAUGGUCAGACAGAUGCGUCACAGCAACAGACCCAGGGAUCAGCUCCUGUCAAUCAACCGCUUGAUUUGAAUUCUGACAGAAGACUCUCACCAAAUGCUGACACAGUUCAAUUAAACAGUGGUCAAAGUAAUGGUGGAUUAAUGAGCGGUCAGAACAAUGUACCUCCCUCGGCAGACAGUAGAAGUAGUGAAGCUGAAGCGGCUUCUGGACUUCAGACGGGACUAGAAGGUCAACAAGGAUCUGAGGCCGUUCAGCCAAUGAAUCCCAGCCCAGUUAAUUCUUAUUUGCAACAAGCUGCGCAAGGAGGCGAUUCGAAUAAACACAUGUUGCCGGAACAACCAAACUCUAAUGUCGAAACAUCUAACCCCGAAGCCGGCAGCAUUGGAGCAGAGGUUCCUAAUGCUCCGGUUGAACCAGUGUCACAGGAAAAUCAUAAUUUAAAACCCGGAAGCUCAAAUACAGAGCCUAUCAAUGGUCAACAAGGAUCAAAGACUCUUGGAGUAUCCGACGUAGACGCUCAACUAUGGAACCAACCAGCUCAAAGUGAUCGAAAUGCGUCCUCUUUUAUUAGCCAAAACCAAUCGGGCAUCCAAGUUGCUGCUCCGAAUCAGCAGCAAUCUGGAGAACCUUAUGGCGCUCAAACCCCGGUUUUGCAAUUAAACACGAGCGAAUCUUUACCUAAUGCAAAUGUUUCGUUUAAUACAGGAAACUAUACGGCAAAAUUGAACACCAGCUUUGUGAGUGCCAGAAAUGAAACCAAAUUAAACAUUACAAAGCCGCAAGUAGCUAUGCAAAAUACGUCAAAACCAUUGGUCCACAACAACUCAUUUGCUGGCCAUGAAAUACCGCAAAAUAUAACAAAGAACAAAUCUGAAAUUUUGAAUAACAAAACAGUUAAUGGAAGCUUGAGUGUCGAAUCCGAUUCUGAAAAUAAGGUCAUUGUCGAGUCAACAGAUGAAGUAGAACCGAAUGUUCCGAGUGCAACCGCGGUGGACGUUUUCAACAUGGAAGAUGAGGACAUAGAUGCAGUGACAAGGGGGGAUGACGACGAGGAUGAUUACGAGGACCAGGAACUCGAUCUUCCUCAAACACCACCAGAGGCAGUCGAUCUGCAGAACGCAAAUGGUGAUGAUGGUGCCGACUCCAGUCCAGUGUAUCAAGAGGAGCAUAGCCAAAAAAGUGUUCCAGAUGAGCUCAAAAAAGAUCUGAAUAAAAACUUGGUGUACUUCAAUGCUCAGGAACAGGAGUCCAAAUCCACUGGCUUCAUGACCUAUUCUCUUCUCGCCAUUGUGCUCAUCGGCAUGCUAUAUGUUGGGUACUGCAAGAAACAGAGGAUUCUGGCGGUGAUCGUUGAGGGGAGAAGUGGACGGACGGGAUCGCCCAAAAUAGGCGGGGGUAAGAGGUUCUCAUCUCCUGGUGGCAAAGUGAGACUACAAGACCACGACUCAGUCUCAGAUGUGAUGCCUAUGCUUAAGGACUGUUGAUGAAAUCAAAACAGAUUCAGAAGCGAAGUGAAUUAGGUAUAAUAAUAUAUGAUAGACUAGUCCUCUAAGAUUUCACUUGGAAUUGUUAUCAUUCAAAAGCAAUGAAUAUUGCUUGUAUAAUUUUAAUGCACAAAUACACCUAUUUUAGGAAAAAAGACUAAUUUUUGAUACGCCAAUCAAAUGCAAUCUAUUGUGUCUGCUUUUUUAAUAGUAAGUACCAGAUCAUAUUGACAGGACCUUUCUAUCAUGGUAGUGCCCUCAAUUUAUUUCGCCUUGCGGAGACAGUUCGUUCGAAGAUUUGAGGCGAGCGUUAAUGCGAAUAGUAAAAAUGGAACAAUUGUGGCAUAUGACGCUUUGGAACUGUUGAUUUAGACCUUCAUAAAACUUAUCUUCUAUGAAAUGACUGAUAUUUUUUCAAGGUUUUAGGUAAUUUCGAAAAAAGAAUGGUCUCAAAGGCGAUAGUUUCAUUUUCAGAAAACUGUUUAAGUCCGGAUCGCAAAAUCUUGUGGCUAAUUGCCUUGGCACUGGUUUUAACCAUGUUAAGUCUUUGCCUUAAACUGGCGUUUUUCAUUAAUGCUCUAAUUAAACUUGGUGUAGUUUGAUUGUAUAUAAAGUGAACAGUUUAUAUUAGUUUUAAAUUUCACCUCGAAAUCAUCUGUCCUUUUUUGUUAGCUCCAUGUUAAUAUCUCAAUAUUGUUGCAUUUUAUGUAAGCAUCCAAAUCAACUAUCGGUAAUUUAAUCGUCUAUGCAUAUCAUACAAAAGUAUCGCAAUGAUAUAUAUCUUGAGUUGGUUUUAAAAUAUAAGAUGUGCAACGGCUUUUGCAGCGUUGUAUGUAAAUGGAGCUAAAAAAUAAUAUCAAAACGUUGUUCUUGCUGUUAUGUUUGUUUGCCAGAGAAUGAAAUAUAUGUCACAUUAUUUCAAUUCCAGAUUGCAUCAUAACCACUACAGAGAUAAACAUAAAAACUUGAAAUUGAGUAACAAAAAUCAUUUGAUCGAUCUCAAAUUACAAG